AUGAACCUGUCAGAAGAAAACACUUUUUCGAAUGGCUUGUUAUAUGUUGGAUUUAAUCAAGAUCAAGGUUGCUUUGCCUGUGGGACGGAAAAUGGUUUUAGAGUGUUUAACAGUGACCCACUUAAAGAAAAAGAAAGACAGAACUUUGCUGAAGGUGGUCUAUCCUACGUAGAAAUGCUAUUCAGAUGCAAUUAUAUGGCCUUAGUCGGUGGAGGAAAAACUCCUUUAUAUCCACCAAAUAGAGUUAUAAUUUGGGAUGAUUUGAAAAAAGAUUCAGCAAUAUCAUUGGAUUUUAAUAGCCCAGUUAAAGCUGUAAAACUAAGAAGAGAUAGGAUAGUUGUGGUUUUAGAGAACUUGAUCAAGGUGUAUACUUUUACUGCACAACCUUUAUUACUUCAUGUAUUUGAAACAUGUCAAAAUACUCGUGGACUUUGUGUUGUUUGUCCCAACAGUAAUAAUGCUUUGCUUGCUUACCCUAGUCGUAAAACUGGACAUGUUCAGCUUGUAGAGUUAAGUAAUCAAGCAGGAUCAAGUAAUACUCCUGAAGGUCAUCUCAUAAGUGCUCAUGAAGCUCCACUCAGUUGCUUAGCACUUAAUGUAGGGGGAACAAGAUUGGCUACAGCCUCUACUAAAGGGACUCUCAUCAGAGUUUUUGAUACAAAUAGUGGCCAGAAGUUAGCAGAACUUAGGCGUGGUGCACAUCAGGCAACUAUAUAUUGUAUUAAUUUUAAUCACACAAGUACUAACUUAUGUGUAACAUCUGAUCAUGGAACAGUGCACAUUUUCAGUUUAGAGGAUGACAAGUUGAAUAAGCAAUCCACUUUGGCAACUGUUAAUUUCUUGCCUAAAUAUUUUUCCAGCAAUUGGAGUUUUUGCAAAUUUACAAUACCAAAUGGCCCUCCUUGCAUUUGCGCUUUUGGAGUUGAUAAGAGCUCUAUAAUUGUUAUUUGUGCCGAUGGUUCAUAUUACAAAUACAAAUUUAAUGACAAAGGUGAAUGCAACAGAGAUGUCUAUGCUCAAUUUUUAGAAACAUCUGAAGACAGAUAA